UUUGCGACCUACAGACGUCUGUUUUGUUCGCCCACUGCUUGCAGAUACGCACAAGUAACAAAUAACAAGCACAUUUCGACAACUUUCGCCGUUAUCCAAACGACGGGGACUGUCUGGGUGGGUGUUUUUUGGUUCACGUGAGUCACUCGGCCGCUUGGAAGUAACUUUAAAACGUAACGUUACGUGAAUUCGCUAGUUUGAGUGCGUAAGUAGCCUGUCGUGCGUUAGACGAUAAGUCGUAUUGUUUUUAUUUACAGUGUUUCACAUGCGUCCAGUAUGAGCGGGGGGUUGGCACCAAGCAAGAGCACUGUGUAUGUGUCCAACCUGCCUUUCUCUCUCACCAACAACGACCUGCACAAGCUAUUCACCAAAUAUGGAAAAGUUGUAAAGGUUACGAUCGUGAAGGACAAAGACACCCGCCAGAGUAAAGGGGUGGCUUUUGUUCUCUUCCUGGACAGAGAAUCAGCUCAUAACUGUGCAAGAGCGGUGAACAACAAACAGUUGUUUGGGAGAACAGUGAAGGCGAGCAUUGCCGUGGACAACGGGCGAGCAACUGAGUUUAUAAGGAGACGAAACUACACAGACAAGUCGAAAUGUUACGAAUGCGGGGAUACGGGUCAUCUGAGCUAUGCAUGCCCCAAAAACAUUCUGGGGGAGAGGGAACCUCCGAAGAAGAAAGAAAAGAAAAAGAAGAAAAUGGCUCAACAACCUGAACAAGUUGAAGAAGAAGAGGAAAGUGAAGAAGAAGGAGAGGACCCAACUUUAGAUAGUCUGAGCCAAGCCAUAGCUUUUCAGCAAGCUCGUAUGGAGGAAGAGGAGACACAGAGGAAGCAGGUGCUUUUGUCUCAAGAGGAAGGCGCUCACGCUUCAACAUCCGCGGACUCUAAGAAACCAAGGAUCAAAAAGAGCGCAUACUUCAGUGACGAGGAGGAGCUCAGUGACUAAUAACAGAGUUAGGACGUCGCCAAAAAAGUUAUUGUCAAAUAUUGCUUUGUAAGUUAUGUUGUAUAAUAGUGGGGUUGUUAAAAACAUGCUUCCAUUUACACUGAUGAAAUUUGAUUUUUUUCCCUUCUUGUACAUAGCACUGAGACCUUUUUUAUGUUUCUAGAAAUAAAUUGUUAUUAGGGUGAUGUGUUUUUCAAUUGCAGUCAAUAAAACCAUGUUUCUUAAUGAUUAACCAAA